GGGCCCGCGGCGGCGCCUCGCGGCCUCCCCUCACGGCCUCGCCGCCCGCAGGUGCAGGACAACGUGGAGCGCCUCUUCACGCGCUUCGUGGAGGAGGGCAAGGCCACGGUGCGGCUGCGGGAGCCCGCCGUGGACGUGUGUGUGAGCAAGGCAGAUGUCAGCAAUUUAAAGAAUUUCCUUUCAGCUGUGAGACUGGCUCACCAAGGUGCUGACAUUGGCACUCUCCCCCUCUCACCUCUGGUACCAGCGAAGACCUCGGAAGUUGAGAAACCCAAAACGAAGAUGAUCAUAACAUCGAGGAGGGACUAUCCUCUCACCAAGAGCUUUCCCUACUCCCUAGAACACCUCCAAGCCUCGUACUGCAAACUGGCUCGCAUUGACACGCGUGUGCUUUGUUUGAAGAAACUCAGAAAACUAGACCUAAGCCAUAAUCAUAUUAAGCAGCUGCCGGCUACCAUCGGUGACCUGGUCUGUCUUCAGGAGCUCAAUUUGCACAACAACCACCUGGAGUCCUUCAGUGUGGCCCUGUGCAACUCCACCCUUCAGAAAUCUCUUCAGUUCUUGGACCUCAGCCAAAACAAAAUCAAAGCGCUUCCGAUUCAGUUUUGCCAGCUACGAGAACUUGUUAAUUUGAAGCUCGAUGACAACGAGUUGAUUAGGUUGCCAUUCAAGGUGGGCCAGCUAAGUCAUCUACGCUUCCUGUCGGCAGCACGGAACAAGCUUCCUUUUUUGCCCAGUGAUUUUAGGAAACUCUCUCUUGAGAACUUGGAUCUUUUUGGAAAUCCUUUUGAACAGUCUAAUCCRCUUGUUCCCAACAUACAACUGAAAAUACCAUUGACUUUAUUAGAAUGUGCUGCAAGGGCAACUGUGAAUUACAGGAUCCCUUACGGCUGCCAUCUCCUCCCUUCCCACCUCUGUGAAGACCUGCAGGUGGCCAAAACGUGCCAGUGUGGAAGUGCCUGCCUCAGCAGCUUCAUCCAGAUCACCGUGACCAUGAACCUGCACCACGUGGCGCACACCGUGGUCCUCGUGGACAACAUGGGCGGCACGGAAGCGCCCGUCAUCUGCUACUUCUGCUCCCUCGACUGCUACUCCCAGUUCCUGGACAGGUACCUGCAGAGCAACGGGUGACUCCUGGCGAGGGCUGAAGCUCCGCUGGAGGGUCGUGCCGUGACGGAGGAGCCCGAGGUGGUUUUGUGCUGCGUUCCGUGUGCGUGCUGCUGGGAAGCAGGGCGGUCACGGAGUGUUGGCCGCCGACGGCAGAUCUCUGUGGUUCACGGGGAGGCGCGAUGGGCCUYGUGGGGUCUGGCUGCUUCUCUACUGCUAAAAUCUCCUUGAUUGGAAUACGAAGUGGUUCUUAGCUUGAAUGAUUCUUCCUUAGAUUGUGUUUUGCUUUCUUUUCCCUGUAAUUGUGACUUUGGACAAAGGAUUGUGACAGUUUUGUUUUGUUUUAUGGAGUGAGCGGUUCUCCUUGCAGCAGGGAGCUGGGUGAACUUCCUCCCAGCGUGUGUCACAUUCCCCUGCCCACUGCUCCCCGAGGCCGUGGACUCUGCCCGCGCACAGGGCCUCGCUGACCUCCUCACCGGACUGGGACCUUCCCAGGUUAUUUACUGUAGAGCAGCUUGGAGGUGCUAUGAAGAGUUACAGUGUCAGCAGUUCAGAACUGGUCAUGUUAUUCCAGGUAUUCCCUUUUUUUUUUUCCCCUAGGUUCUGAGCAUAGCCUUCUCCCUUCAAGCAGGGACCAGCAUUGUUUUUAUUUUAUCUGUUAUACGAGGAACAUCUUUUCUAGUUAUGUGAUCCAAACUUUGUUUCUGCACUCACAUUUUAAAGAUCCUUGAAUUGUUCACGUAUUAAAAUUUGAAACCCUUCUA